UAAUCAUAAAUUAAAAUGUUUAUCAAUAAAUUUUAAAACUAAAAUUUCGUCAACCAAAACAAAACAAAACGAAACACAAAACAUACUUCCAAACAUUUCAUACAUCAUUCAACACAAAAAUGAAUUCGGUUUCAAUGGAAUCCACGCCCAUGGACCAAAAUGAUGAAUCUCCUCAUCCCAAUCCCCAUCAGGACUAUAAAAUCUCAAAUUCCAAUGAUUCAUGCUCUGAUGUGUAUGAGUUAAACCGGGCGGAAGCCGAAUCAAAACAAAUUGUCCUCAUCACACUCGUAUCACAGGAACCAGCGAUAUUCAAUUCCAAACACGAAGACUAUCGGAAUAUCGCCAAGAAGGAUGAACUUUGGUUAGCGAUGUCAAAGCAAGUAGGAUGGUCAGAUUGUUAUUGUAAAAACAAGUGGAAGGCUAUAAGGGACCAGUAUUGCAGAGAGCUAAAGCGAACUCGCACAAAUUGCAAUGCAACAAUCAAGUGGAAAUACUUUAAGCACUUGGAGUUCUUGAGACCUUAUGCUUUGGCUAGAAACUACCGUACAAAAAACAAAAACGAAUCAAACAUUGAAGGCGAAGUCCCAGACCAAGAAGAAUCCUCUAAUACCCAAGAGGAAACCAUAAACAUCCAAUUCUCCACCAACGAUGAAAUCAAUUCCUCCAUUAAGACCGAAACUUGGUCCAUCUGCGAUCGAUCUGAUCUCCUGACAGACAACAAUGAUAUCACAUCCCAAAUAAUCAUGCAACUUUCCCAGCAAUAUACAAAAGCAGAGAACGAAAAAGACGAAGAGGAACUACCAGGACCGCAGGAACACGAUCUAGAGGAUGACGAUGACGAUGAUCCCAUUCAUACGUUUUUGAACAUUGAAAGCUAUUUCGAAAAGGAACUCAUAACUCUUGUUCAGAAAACAACUGUUUUGUAUGAUGUUCUCCAUAUAUCCUACAGAAACACAAGAGUCAAGUCGAAAGUCUGGGAAGCAAUCGCUAGAAAACUUAAACGACCUGUGCGACAAUGUCGUUCGAAAUGGAAAGCUCUCCGGGACCAAUAUAUCCGUGAACAUAAACGUCUGAAAAACAUGGGUGGCAGUUGUAAGACUGUGCCUCGUUGGAAGCACUACGAUGACAUGAGUUUUCUCGAGCACUUCGUUAAAGAAAAAGUUGAAUUAAAUUCAGGUGCCACUUUGGAAGAAUCCAAUCAAACAGAGAAUCCAAUUAAUGAAUUCGAGCAGGAAGAAAUGAUAAGCUUACCAAAUAAAGUUGAAGCCAUCGAAAUGGACCAAUACAGUAUGAUGGGUGAUGAUGAUUCAUCGGCGCUAUACACAGAACAUCUCGAUUCUCCACUUCCCACUAAAAGUCCUUACCAACAGCAAGAACCACAACAACAGCAACAAAGAAUUCAACAUAAUCAAGGUGACAAAAAUGAUAAUGUUAUGAUAGAAGAAGUCACAGAAGUCACUGAAGCUCAAUCUUCAUCGAAUGAUGAAACCGAUGAUGAGGUUGGUGCAUUCUUUAGGGCAGUAGCGAUGAAGAUACGAAAGGCAAAUAUGUCUGCGGUGGCAUUUACUGAGCUUCAAAUUGAUAUAUUGAAAGUCAUAACAAAUGCAUUAAAGGAUUAGGUUAGGUAGUUUUAAGAUUGUAUUCUCUCUCUCAUCAAGGACGGGCGGAAGCAGGAUUUUGGGUUAAAGGAAGGGGUCAAUCAAUAGAUUCCUAUUGUUUAAAAUAUUGGUAAACUGAUAUUCUCAGCUUUCUCAAACUAUUCUAUAAAAAAAGUCGUCAUUUAACGCAU